GCCUGCGCAGUGGCUCUGGAGGGUGCUCUGCGACUGCGGCCGCGCGGCAGCUUUUCUCCACAGCGGGCCGGGCGCUCUGUAGUGUUCGCCGCCAUGAGUCGCAGCUACAACGAUGAGCUGCAGUUCCUGGAGAAGCUCAGCAAGAACUGCUGGAGGAUCAAGAAGGGCUUCGUGCCUAACAUGCAGGUUGAAGGCGUUUUCUAUGUGAAUGAUGCUCUAGAGAAAUUAAUGUUUGAGGAAUUAAGGAACGCCUGUCGAGGAGGCGGUGUUGGUGGCUUCUUGCCAGCCAUGAAGCAGAUUGGCAAUGUGGCAGCCCUGCCUGGAAUUGUUCAUCGAUCCAUUGGGCUCCCUGAUGUCCACUCAGGCUAUGGGUUUGCUAUUGGGAACAUGGCGGCCUUUGAUAUGAAUGACCCGGAAGCAGUGGUGUCCCCAGGUGGCGUCGGAUUUGACAUCAACUGUGGUGUCCGCCUGCUGAGAACAAAUUUGGAUGAAAGUGAUGUCCAGCCUGUAAAGGAACAACUGGCCCAAGCUAUGUUUGACCACAUUCCUGUUGGGGUGGGGUCCAAAGGGGUCAUCCCGAUGAAUGCCAAAGACCUGGAGGAGGCCUUGGAGAUGGGUGUAGACUGGUCCCUGCGAGAAGGCUAUGCCUGGGCUGAGGACAAGGAGCACUGUGAGGAGUAUGGAAGGAUGCUGCAGGCCGACCCCAACAAGGUCUCAGCAAGGGCCAAAAAGAGAGGCCUUCCUCAGCUGGGGACCCUGGGUGCAGGCAACCACUAUGCAGAAAUCCAGGUUGUGGAUGAGAUCUUCAAUGAGUAUGCUGCGAAGAAGAUGGGCAUUGACCACAAGGGGCAGGUGUGCGUGAUGAUCCACAGUGGCAGCCGCGGCCUGGGCCACCAGGUAGCCACAGAUGCAUUGGUGGCUAUGGAAAAGGCCAUGAAGAGAGACAAGAUCAUAGUCAAUGAUCGGCAGUUAGCUUGUGCUCGGAUCGCUUCAUCAGAGGGCCAGGACUACCUUAAAGGAAUGGCGGCUGCUGGCAACUAUGCCUGGGUCAACCGUUCAUCCAUGACCUUCCUAACCCGCCAGGCUUUUGCCAAGGUCUUCAACACAACCCCGGAUGAUCUAGACCUGCACGUGAUCUACGAUGUCUCCCACAACAUUGCCAAAGUAGAGCAGCACGUUGUGGAUGGGAAGGAGCGGACGCUGCUGGUGCACCGGAAGGGGUCCACCCGUGCCUUCCCUCCACACCACCCGCUCAUCGCUGUGGACUACCAGCUCACUGGGCAGCCAGUGCUCAUUGGUGGCACGAUGGGAACCUGCAGUUACGUUCUCACCGGGACUGAGCAAGGCAUGACUGAGACCUUUGGAACCACCUGUCAUGGUGCGGGCCGAGCGUUGUCCAGAGCAAAAUCGCGACGUAAUUUAGAUUUCCAGGAUGUCUUAGACAAACUGGCAGAUAUGGGAAUUGCAAUCCGGGUGGCCUCGCCCAAACUAGUUAUGGAAGAGGCUCCUGAGUCCUAUAAGAAUGUGACCGAUGUGGUGAACACUUGCCAUGAUGCGGGAAUCAGCAAGAAGGCCAUUAAACUGCGGCCAAUCGCCGUCAUCAAAGGGUAGGGCCCCCAGGCCUCUGGACCCCUUGACCUCAUCCAGGUGGCGCAGACCGGGAGACUAUUAACACCACCGACAGACAGCUCUGCGGUGUGCGGCUGUGGCUGCCCAUGCUGAAGGGCCCCCUGCAGCCAGGUGAUUAAACCAUCGUCCAGAAGGAGCUGUGCUGCCUCUUACUUGUCCCAAGGAUUUCCAGGAAAAAUCCUUGGAGGGGCAGAGGGUGAAGAAACUGCCUUGUUCAGCCACGUAGGUCUUUAAUCAGCAGGAUAAACUGUACACAAAGCCCUUUUACACCCAGUAGGUGUCAGGAACGUUCUAUUAAACACCAGGUUGGCAUGUCUG